AGCUGUCAAAAAGUAGUCAAUCCUUUGGUUUGCCAAUGUUCACUGUGUUUUCAACACUUUACCCAUGAACUUGCUUUUCAAUCACACUUACCACAUUGUCUAAACACGACUUCGCAAUAUGAUUCUCCUUCCACCUCAUCACCACCUCCCAUUCCUUCCUCCUACCCCCCUCCACCGCCCAUCCCCUCCCCUGAUGUUUCUCCUUCUUAUCCCAAUCCCUACCUCAUAAACGAGAUUUCACAAAAUGAUGUAACCUGUCAGACUUGUCAGACAAUGUUUCCAACUUCGAAAGCAUUGCGACUGCAUAAGAAUAGAACAGGACAUGAUAUGUGGGGUGGUAGCAAAGGCAAGUUAAGUAGGAAAAAAACGGCUACAGUAUCUGCACAUCCAUCCAACCCUUCUUUGCCUCCCAUUCCCUCCCAACCAGGUACUCCUUCCAAUCCUGAACCUGUUGGUGACACUUCUGAUCAUGCUCGCCCAUGUACCAGCGAAUCUUUAGGGGGAGAUGUGAGAGAGUAUGAGUUUAAAGGGCAGGGUGCUACAGAUGCUUUACAUUUUAUGGUGAAUCAACAAGCUGUCAUUAUUGAUGUGAUCAAGACAGAACUCAGAGAGAAACAGUCAGUGAAAUGGGGAUUAUGUCUUCACAUCAGAAUGGUUAAACCUACUGAAGAUGAAACAGCUAAUAUUCAUGAGGCUUACUUUCGAAGCACAAUGGUCAUAGCUACACAAGGAACCAAUUUGUCCGAUCAAUACCUUGAAGCCAUGCACAAGAUAUUGCGUUCACUAGAUAAUUAUCAGGGUGAGCAUUCUAAUUUAAACGUGCUAGACAUUGCAAUGAUGAAAGUGAUCAUGGUUAAAUUUAAGCCUUUUAAAGGCGGUACAUACAUCCCUCUUCCCAAAGAAAUUGCAUACAAAACUAAAAGCGUUGUGAAUGUAGAAAACAAUGAUGAGAUGUGUUUUAUCUAUAGCAUUUUAGCCAAACUGUUUCCCGCUCCGCAUCAUCCAACACGGGUGAAGCAUUAUCAACCUUUUGUGAACAGAUUGAAUUUGGAUGGGUUUACUUUUCCGAUGACACUCAAACAAAUCCCACGAUUUGAACAAGUCAAUCAGUUGAGUAUCAAUGUGUAUGGCUUCGAAGAUAAGACUCUCUAUCCACUUUACAUAAGCAACGUAUCCAACAUAGAACCAGACAGUCAAAUUGAUUUGUUGAUGCUUUCACAAGAGAACGAGCCCGAAGAUUUCGAAGGAUUCUUAGGCUUAGAGGGUCAUGAACUUAUGGAUGUAGAAACGAAAGCAGACACCCAUUUUUGUUUGAUCACUAAGUUGAAAAUUUUUGUCAAAAACCCUGAGAAAAAACGUAGUAACCAGUAUUAUAUUUGCAGAAAAUGUUUGUGGACAUACAGCUCACAAGAAAGGUUGAAUAAGCACAAGGGGUAUUGUUUUGAUAAAGCUCAACGUGUCAAUAUGCCUAAACCCGAGAAAGCAGUCUAUCAGUUUGGAUUACGAUCUGAAGCUAAAACAGAAAGAGCUAAAUUUCUUAUUGUGGCCGAUUUUGAAAGUUUGCUGUUGCCGGUCGAAAAUCAUGCAUCGCGUUUGAACAGACAUGUUCCUUGUGCCUAUGCUUACAAAGUUAUUUGUUCAGAGCAGCGGUAUUCGAAAUCUGUUCAAACCUAUGUAGGUUCAGAUGCAGCAGAACACUUUAUUCAAGACAUUUUAAGAGAAUAUGAUGAAAUUAAGGAGAUCUUUGCCAAUGUUGUUCCCAUGCAAUUAUCUCAUCAGGAUAGGACAACCAUAGCAAACACAACUCAGUGUGGAUUAUGUGGAAAAGAGUUAGGGAAAGAUAGGGUGUUAGAUCAUGACCAUCUCAGUGGUGCUUUUAGACAAGUAUUACACAACAAGUGUAACCUAAAUUUCCAGCUGCAAAAGAAAGUGUAUCUGAUGUUGCAUAAUUCAGAGCGUUAUGAUACGCAUCUUAUUCUUGAAGCAGCACGUGAAUUUGGAGAGAGAAGUAUUCAGAUCAUACCCCAUAAUUCUGAACAGUUUCUGUCUUUUACUGUGGACAAUGAUCUGGUCUUCCUAGAUUCUUGCAAAUUUUUGCAAAGCUCUUUAGAUGCUCUGACUAAGAAUCAGAUGAAUAAAGGAUUAGACACAUUUGUUUUCUUGAAAGAGCAGUUCCCACAGCAUGUUGGUAUAAUGACUCGAAAGCUUCCUUUUCCUUAUGAGUACAUGGAUUCAUGGGAAAAAUUAAAUGACACACAGUUGCCACCUAAAGAAUCCUUCUACAGUUCCUUGAGUGAUGAAGGCAUUACUGAUGAAGACUAUGUCUUUGCCCAUGAAUUGUGGCAUACAUUCGCAUGCAACACAAUGUCUGACUUUACACGGUUGUAUGUGGUUGUAGACACACUGUUGUUGGCUGAUAUUGUCGAAACAUUCAGAACUGGAUGUUUAGCAGAUUAUGGACUUGACAUCUGUCACUACUAUUCCAUGCCUGGGUUUUGUAUUGAUGCAGCACUGAAAGUCACCGGGGUCAAGCUUGAUCUCUUCACUGAUGUAGAUAGUUACAAUUUUGUGGAAAAUUCCAUUCGGGGAGGCGUGUCUGUCAUCGGUAAGAAAUUUGCCGAAAGCAACAAUGAAUACAUGUCUAAUUAUAACCCAGAAAAAGAGGCCUCAGUGCUUCUGUACAUGGACUUUAACAGUCUUUAUUCUGGAGUUAUGCUGGAACCCCUGCCUAUUGGUAACUAUCAGUUCAUGUCAGCACAAGAUUAUGAAACUAUUGAUUGGGUUACAAUAGAUACCCAAGGGGAUACAGGUUACAUUUUGGAAGUGGACUUGCACUAUCCUAAACAUUUACACAAACUUCAUGCUGCUUUCCCCAUGGCUCCUACCCAUGACAACAUUCCCUUUGAGGACUUUUCACCUUAUCACAAAGAGUUACUCAGCCAGUUCUAUACCUCCCAGUGUCAAAAACCCUCAGGCAAGAAAUUGUUUGCUACUUUAAAAGACCGCUUGAACUAUGUGGUUCAUUUCAAAACUUUGCAACUGUAUUUGAGACAUGGGCUAGUCCUCCAACACAUUCAUAGGGUGUUAAAGUUCAAGCAAGGUCCCUGGUUGAAACCCUAUGUUCAGUUAAAUUUGGAAAGUCGCAAACACGCAACUGAUGCCUGUGACAAGGACCGAUAUAAACUUAUGAAUAAUUGUGUGUUUGGCAGGUUCUGUAUGAAUAAACGCAAGCGGAAAUCCGUGCACUUAGUGACCCAAAGACAGCAAUUUCGCAGUUAUGUAGCUAAAACCAAUUUCAAGCAGGUGAAAGUGUUUUCAGAAGAUGUUGUGUCCGUGGAAAUGGAGCAAGUGUCUGUCCAUUUAGAUCAACCUAUCGCUGUUGGUUUCAGUAUUUUGGAUUUAGCCAAAUUUCAAAUCCUUUCUUUCUAUUAUGACGUCAUGCAACAGCAAUAUGGACCAGAACGAUUGGACUUGCUCAUGACAGACACAGACAGUCUCUUUUUGCACAUUCAUGCCCCUCCACACGAGACUUUGCUUGAUCCCUACAUAUUCAUGAAGCAAAAUCUGCAUUUGUUUGAUACUUCCAAUUAUGAUCAGAACGAUCCUAAAGGAUUGUAUUCGAAUGAAAACAAAAAAGUCACAGGAAAGAUGAAGGAUGAAGCUGCAGGAAAGAUCAUUUUAGAGUUUGUAGGGUUGAAAAGCAAAAUGUAUUCCUUUUUGAUACAAUCAGAUGAGAACACUGUAUCAAACCAAAAGACAGCUAAAGGAAUAAAGAAAUCUGUCAUUGCUAAGCAAUUGACCCAUAAGAAAUACAAAGACAGUCUCCUGGAGAGGAAACCUUUUUAUUGUUCCUAUUCACUCAUUCGCUCUCACAAUAACACUUUAUACACUGAGUCAUUGAGCAAAAUAGCAUUAUCCCCCUUAGAUGAUAAACGUUAUGUACUAGAGGAUGGUAUAUAUAGUUUACCCUAUGGGUAUUCACCAGUCUAAGAGUAUGUGGUAAUGCUGUUCAAGUUCCACAUUUUAGAGAUGGGUGAUUGAUACAGCAACAUGAGUACCACCGGAUUCAUUUACCAGUUAAGACGAAACGGCAGCAAUGACAUACUGUAUUAUGAAGGCAGAAGCUUCCGAAGAAGCCAUGAGGAUGCCAUGCAGGCAGGUUUACAGCGUGCAAGAAGAAUGUUCCAUCAAGACGAGAAUCAUCAAACACCCAACUAUUCAGUAACUGUGCGUGAAAUUCACAUCAACAGGAGACAAAUAACCAAUCGCUUACAGCUGCGUCGAAACAAAAGACUUUUCGUAGGCGUCUUGGAAACUCACUAUCUCAAUGAACUCCAGAGACUUGUUCGGAAGUUAUGUUGUGAUAAUUGUUAUGGAUGUGAAGUUAAUCAUCCAUCGCAAGUACAUCACCAGUGUCUCAUGAUGAACAGUGACGAGUGUAUUACUCAAUACUUUGAUCGUGCAGUGAAUGAGCUGCCCCUUCAUACCAUCUUGGAAAAAGCCAAGCAACAGAGGGUAAGCCUUGGGCUAGAGUUUCAGGACCAGCACACUGUGCAUUACAAUGACUCGGAUUAUAUGCAUAGUCAUUUCUUCUGCAAUGACAGAAAAGAAAGACUUGAGAUGCAGCUCAGAGUCCUCAUGAACAUGGAAGAUAGUAAUAACUAAAAGUCGCAUGUGUUAGCAUUAUUUUAUUGCUUUACAAUCUGAAAGUUACAUAGAAUACAUAUCAUGAAUUCAAUGUACAUGUACAGUUAGAAAGACUCUAGUUUUCUUAAUUUUGCAGUAGUGUUAGCACCGGGUACACCAUGUUGUGCUUGUCGUUUUAUAUAUAAAGAUGAUUUUGCCUUU